CCUGCUGUGUUUUCCUGGCAGGUGGAGCAGAACUGGGCGACGCUCCAGGGGGGUGAGAUGACCAUCCAGACGACGCAGGCGUCGGAGGCCACGCAGGCGGUGGCGUCGCUGGCGGAGGCAGCGGUGGCAGCGUCCCAGGAGAUGCAGCAGGGAGCCACUGUCACCAUGGCCCUCAACAGUGAAGCUGCUGCCCACGCCGUGGCCACACUGGCCGAAGCCACUCUCCAAGGGGGGGGACAGAUUGUCCUGUCUGGAGAAACAGCGGCGGCGGUCGGAGCCCUCACCGGCGUCCAGGAUGCCAAUGGGAAAGUGGAGCCAAAUGAGUCGCUAGCAGCUUGGCAAAGUGCAGAUCAGCUUGCUUACAUCGAGGAGGACAGGAAGGGAAGAGUCAAGCUUGUUAUAGGGCCUUCCUUGUGGGAAGAGAAUUUUUUAAUGGAGGUUUACCCUGAAACAGGGCUCGUGCAGAUCCCGGUGAGCAUGUACCAGACCGUGGUGACCAGCCUGGCCCAGGGCAACGGCCCCGUGCAGGUGGCGAUGGCGCCGGUGACCACGCGGAUAGCGGACACGGCCGUCACCAUGGACGGGCAGGCGGUGGAGGUGGUCACCCUGGACCAGUGACCUGCAGCAA